CCUAAAGUUAAAUGUCAAAACUUCAUAUAUGUUGCAAAACUAUUUAACUUUAUAAUUUUUAUAAAUUUAAUUAAUUUAAGACAAAAACUAAUUAAAACUAAAAAAAUGUUUCUGCGUAAAAUAAUUACCAACCAUUGUCCAUUUCUUCUGCGAUCAAAUUUCAGACUUGACAAACGCUCUAUCACCGUCACACAUCGAAAAUACUCCAACUCAAUUUCAUUUCAAGAUGAAAAAGUAAAAACAUUUUUGGAAAAUCUUCGCAAAGAAUUCUACGACUUGCGAGUGAACAAUGAAGAUUAUCAAAGAAUCAAUAAACUCUCGGAAGUAGUGCGUUCCAUCGAACAACGCAAUGUCCUACUUGGCAAUAUAACAUCUUUAGAUGAUAUGAAAAAUGAAAAAGAUGAAGACAUGAGACAGUUGAUUAAAGAAGAGAACCAGGUCUAUGCAGAUCUCCUGAGCAAAACAGAAGAUCAACUAUUCCAACAAAUGCUCACUUUAGCCGAUGACGAAAGUUAUUCGUCUCUUAUCUUUGAAGUGAAUGCCGGUGCUGGCGGACAAGAAGCAAUGCUCUUUGCUGGAGAGCUUUUCGAUACUUAUUGGAAUUUUAUGCAAUACAAGGGAUGGGAAGUCGAGCCUCUAGAUGAAGAUCGAACUGAUAUAGGAGGUCUACGUCAUGCAAAUCUGAUUGUCCACGGUGAAGACGCCUACGACUAUCUCAAAUACGAAGCUGGUGUGCAUCGUGUCCAACGCAUUCCAGCCACAGAGAAAGCCGGCAGAGUCCACACAAGUACUAUCUCGAUUGCAGUCAUUCCCCGUCCUGACGACAUCGAUUGUACCAUUAAUGAAAAAGAUCUAAAAAUAGAAACAAAGCGUGCCAGUGGAGCCGGUGGACAACAUGUAAAUACAACCGAUUCAGCUGUCCGGAUAGUUCAUCUUCCAACAGGAAUUGCUGUGGAAGCCCAAAGCCAGCGAUCACAGCUUAAGAAUCGAGAGAUUGCCAUUGCAAGACUGCAAGCCAAAUUGCUGCAAAAGAAACUCGAAGAAAGCGAUGCCAAUAAGAGUGCAACUCGAAAAUCCCAAGUGGGAUCUCUGAAUCGCAAUGAAAAGAUUCGAACUUAUAAUUUUGCCCAAGAUCGAAUCACCGACCAUCGAAUUCUAGGAGGAACUGUACAUAAUUUAGAUGAAUAUUUUAAAGGGAAUCAACAUUUGGAGUCGCUUAUUGAACGACUAGCCAGAGAAAACAGAAAGAUUAAACUCCUAGAAAUGAUUUCCAAUGUGGUAGCCAAAGAUUUAUUAGAAGAAGCAGAAAAUAAAAAGAAAUAAACAAAAUUCAUUUGGCAACAUUA